AUGCCCUCCCCCAGAACUUUAAAAGAGGCACAAGCACUGAGUGGGCGUUUAGUGGCUAUAAACAGGUUCUUGGCAAGACACGCCGAGAGAUCUUUGCCAUUCAUAAAAACAUUGAAAGACUGUCUCAACAAGAAAAACUUCAAAUGGACCAGUGAAGCAGAAGAAGCCUUGCAAGACAUGAAGCGGUUCAUUGAAAAGUUACCUACGUUGACAACACCAUACCUGGAGGAACUUUUGAAGAUGUACCUGGUGGCAGCCCACAAGGCUGUAAGCGUGGUACUCAUGGUCGAAAGGGAUGGCAAACAAACGCCCAUAUACUAUAUUAGUCGGGUACUAGCGGGACCUGAAACGCGGUACCCAACACUGGAAAAACUGGUACUUGCACUAAUACACGCCACUCUGCAUCUUCGAAGAUACUUCCAAGGGCAUCGCAUGCAAAUCUUAACAAACUAUCCCCUGCAACAAAUUUUACACAUGCCAAAAAUCUCUGGAAGGUUAGCUAAAUGGGCAAUUGAGUUAGGAGCCCUAGACAUUGAAUAUCGAAAACGAACAGCAAUCAAGGGGCAGGUAAUCUCCGACUUCUUAGCUGAAAUUCCUGAUGGAGAAGUAAUACAAGACCCCGUGGUCAAUGACAUACCCGAAUCUAGCACAGCCAGGCAAACCUGGAAGUUAUACACAGACGGGUCUUCCAGUGGAAAAGGAGCCGGAGCGGGCCUCAUGCUAAUAAGUCCGGAUGAAAUAAAAUUGAUGUACGCCAUGCGGUUUGACUUUGAAUGCUCCAACAACGAAGCAGAUUAUGAAGCGCUGUUAGCGGGUCUGAGAAUGGCCCAGUCCAUGGGAGCAACAAGGGUCGAUGCAUAUGUUGACUCUUUACUAGUCAAUAACCAUGUGAAUGAGACUUAUGAAGCCAAAGAUGAGACGAUGGUAAAGUACUUGGCUAAAACCAAGGAACUCAUAGCUUCUUUUGAUAACGUUACACUUAAUCACGUCCAUCAAGGAAAGAAUCAAAUAGCUGACGCCCUGAGCAAGCUAGCUACUUCUGGCAUGGAAAAGCUAGUGAAGGUGGAAACGCUCCAGUCACCUUCCAUAGAGUCCCGAGAAGUAUCCGCCAUCACAACGGAAGAACCUUGCUGGUAUACUCCCAUCUUAAAAUUCCUUACAAAAGGGGAAUUACCCUCCGCUAGAGGCGAUGCCCAGAAGAUACAAACAAAGGCGUUACAAUAUGAGGUAAACAACGGCGUCCUAUACAGGAAGUCGUAUUUGGGACCACUAUCACGAUGUGUAUCCCCAUCGGAAGCUAAGUACUUGAUCCAAGAAAUACAUGCCGGUAUAUGUGGCAUUCACGCCGGACCCCGGGCAGUCAUUAUUAAAAUCCAAAACGCUGGGUACUACUGGCCCGGGAUGCAUGAAGUUGCGGUAGGCAAACUCAGAAAAUGCCGCAGCUGUCAAAAGUAUGAUCCACUGACACUCCGCCCUAAGAACAACUUGGUUCCCGUUACGGCAGCAUGGCCUUUUCAAAAAUGGGCGGUGGAUAUCGUGGGACCAUUCCCUCUGGCCCCAGGGAAACUAAAAUAUUUAAUCGUGGCAAUCGAUUAUUUCACCAAGUCGGUCGAAGCAAAACCAUUGGCUAAGAUAACUGCUGAAAAUGCCAAGAAAUUCCUAUGGGAACAUAUCGUCUGCCGAAUUGGACUGCCGCUAUAUCUUGUGAGCGACAAUGGAACAUAA